UCAGGCACUCCGUAGUCAAAAGAGAAUCCUCCGUAAGAUUGAGGGGACUCCAUGCCCCAGAACGGGGUGACACCAAACUCUGCUGCUGACAUCAGUAUGGGGUCCCGGCAGGUCUCUAGAGACUAAAGUGCAUUCUUACUUGGUUCCGGUGAGCGUCAGAGAAGUAGGGCCCUGGUCGUAAGGAGAUGACAGCAGGUGCCAGCCUUCCUGCCCACACUCCUACCUUCUGUCACAGGCCACAACCAUCAUGCCUCGGGGUCACAAGAGUAAGCACCAUGCCUGUGACAAACGCCGAGAGACCCAUGGUCAGCCUCAGGGUCUCACAGGUCCCCAGACCACUGCAGAAAAGCAAGAAGAGCCCCACUCUUCCACUAUCUCUUCUCCUGAUUAUUGGGGUGCUCAUCCUAAGCCUUCUGAUGCCUCUGUUCCUCAGGAGUCUCAGGGAGCUUCACCCACUGGCUCUCUUGAUGCAGGUGUUUCAUGCUCAAAAUUUGAUGUGGCUGCCAAGGGUCAAGAUGAGAAAAAUGCAAGCACCUCCCCUAAUGCCUCUGUUCUUCAGGGGUCUCAGGGAGUUUCAUCCACUGGCUCUCUUGAUGCGGGCGUUUCAUGCUCGAAAUCUGAUAUGACUGGCUUGAGUCAAGAUGAGGAAAGUGCAAUCGCCUCCCAGAGAGCUGCCUUCUUUAAGACCACAGAUCGAGAUCCUCUAAACAGAAAGGCGAAAGCGCUGGUGCAAUUCCUACAGGAGAAGUUUGAGAAGAAAGAGAUCAUUUUGAAGGCAGACAUGCUUAAGCGUAUUAACAGAAAGUACAAGGUGUACUUCCCUGAGAUCCUCAAGAAAACCUCCGACCAUUUGGCGGUGGUUUUUGGCGUUGAAUUGAAAGAAAUGGAUUCCAGCGGCGAAUCCUACACCCUUGUCAGCAAGCUGGGCCUCUCCGGUGAAGGAAUUCUGAGUGGUGUUAAUGGGCUGGCGAAGUCGGGUAUCCUGAUGUCUCUCCUGAGUUUCAUUUUCAUGAGAGGGAACUGUGCCACUGAAAAGGAGGUCUGGAACUUCCUGAGUGUUUUGGGGAUCUAUGACGGAAUCAUACACUCAAUCUAUGGGGAGCCCCGGAAGAUCAUUACGGAAGAUUUGGUGCAAGAUAAGUACCUGGAGUACCGGCAGGUGUGCAACAGUGAUCCUCCAUGCUAUGAGUUCCUGUGGGGUCCACGAGCCCAUGCUGAAACCAGCAAGAUGAGAGUCCUGAGAGCUUUGGCCAGUAUCAAUAAUACUGUCCCUGGUUCCUACCCACAUCUGUAUGAAGAGGCUUUGAUAGAUGAGGUACAGAGAGCAUUGAGACUGAGAGCUUAAAGGCAGGGCUGGCACUGUUCUCUUGGCCAGGGAACCUUAUGGGAGUAUAUCCUACAGAUCCACUUCUAGGGAAGUCUGAAGUAGAAUUUUUGCUUUAUGCUAGAAGAGAGUAGUGAGCUUUCUAAAUAGUGCAGUAUAGUAGAGGCUGGAAGGAAAAAGAUGUGUAUCUUUCUUUUGUCCUGUUACAUAUGAGUAACUUACAGAUUUAUGUUUUGCUUUCAUUAUUAAUUUUCAAGAUUGUUCCUGUUAAGUGAAGGUUUAUUUUGCUUCAUACUAUAAAUAGAUCAGUAACAUAGCUCUCACAUUCAUAACUGUUUAAGUAAUUUGGAAGUUAUAUUUUUGGUAUUAAUAAAACAAAAUCAUACACCAUUCAUAUUUUCUUUAUAAUUCAGAACUAGAUAACAUGAACAGAGAAGUGAUUUUGAUACGAAUCUUAAAGAACUCCACAGUAAACUAGUUGACACCAUAAUAUAAUGAGAAAACAGUAAAAAUGGAAAUGUAAAAGUUGCCUAAUUCUUGGUUUGCCUUAUUCCUUUUUGGAUUUGUUUAGGUUAUUAAAGACUGCUGUUAGUUUGUUUUAUUCUAGUGUACUUCAUAUUCUGUUACUGACUACAUAAAAAAACUUCUCUGAUUGGAGAGUGGUAUUUUCUGGGUUUAAAAUAAUCAUAUGAAAUGCAGUGAUCAAUAUAAGCCAGAAUGAGUGCACUAAAAUCCUUUUUGAAACAAGGCUGCUAAGUUUAAAAACUUUCCAUAGGCUUUUAUUGUUUCAGAUAUUUUCAAGAUGUGGUAAUUGUGUUUCUUAAUAUAUCAUUAGGAAAAUUAAAAAUUAAUAAUAUUG